GCCGGGCGGAGGAGCCGGGACGGGGCGAUGGCUGGAUGUGAUAGAGAGAGAGGCAUGAGGGGGGAUAUUAUAACCGUGUUUGUGGGAUAAUAAUGCGUAUAUGGGCUAAUAACCGUGAGGGGGGAUGUAAUAACUGUGUGUGUAUGUGCAGUUAUAAUUGUGAGAGGGUGCUGUGGAGGGAGAUGAGGGUAAUGACCGUGGGGUAUUUUAUUAAGCAUGAGUGAUGGGUGGGGUGGUAACUCUGUUUAAUAAUUGUGAGGGUGGUGGGUUGAUAAGUGUGAGAGGCAGGGUAAAGUUUGGUAAUAACCGUGAAGGGUGUGAGAGGGGCAUUACCGUGAGAGGAGCAAUAACCACGAGGCUGGGGUGCAUGUGUGUGGGGUGAUAACUAUAAGGGGGGUGUGUAGUUGUGUAGGGAGUAAUAGUGAGUGUGUGUAUGUGUGCGUUUUGGAGCUAAAAUUCUCUUGAAUAUGUGUAACAUCUAUUGCAUUUGAGGAAACUGUAUAGAGGUUAAGGGAAUCCCUAUAGCUGGUUUGGGUAAAACUGGAAACACUGGGCAAGUGUUUUUGGCUCUUGUCUUUUGUGAGUCUCAGUGUUGCUGCUGAAGGGGUGAAGGGCAUCCCCUUCAGUCUUUGCUCUGGCAACUUGAGUAACAGCCAGUGAGAGUUUCUAUCCUCUUGGAAAUACUUGGAUUCUGUGCUCUCAACUGAUGUCUGCACAAACAGGAUCCAAACUGCAGAUGACAGUAGGAGGGUGUCAGCUGUGUUCCUCUGUCAAUAAGUAUUACAAACCAGCCUUUUUGGGAUGCCUGAAUAUUUCAUAUGAAAUAGAUAUUCCCAUACAUCACAGAGGUACACUCCUUGCUGUACCCUGGCUUACUGUGCCCUGAAUGUUCUGAACCAACCUGAAACAUCUCAGUGACUCCAAAUCAAACUUCACUUGCAUCACAGAAUUCUGUGAAAGUGUUUCCAAUUGCAUCCACAUUUCAGUCUGCCCUUGAAACUCUCUUUGUAAUCAGUGUGACAUCUAAUGUUUUUAAGCAAGGGUUGUGUUCAGCAGAAAGUUGUGUGCAUGUGAUUUUUCCCUUGGACUGGAGCUUUCUCAUUCAAGAGAGGCUGCAUUUGUUGAGUUUGUGUAAAACUAAAGCCAGUAUGAUCCACGGGAUUCUUCACAAGGACUUUUUCCUUUCAGGCACUUGCAUAGCACAAGUAUUUUAUGCUUUUCCUUGUAACAGAGCUGCCUUAUCAAAGAAAAACACAGAGUUUCCCUCUGACAAUACGGACUGCUGGUUUGGAGCUCAGCUGGCACACCUGAGGAGAUGAAGGCUUCUUAAUUCAAUUUUAGUGUCUUGUCUUUAGCCAGAAGCUGUUUUCUGCAAAGCCUGAGCAGUAGCUGGUGAUAUGAGGCUGUGGGUACCCUGUGAUUAUUUUGUGUAUGCUCAUUCCAUUUUCACUCUAUAGGAAUCUGUGACAUUCCAGAUUGGGAUGUCUCAAUGGAUACCUGGAGCUACUUCCAUACUUGCCUGGUGUCCAUAUGGCUGCACAGAUUUUACAUCUAUUCUGCUGUUGCUUUUGGGAUCAUCCUUUGGAUUGUCAUUCAGUUGAUUACCACCAGAACCAAAAGAAAGGUAACGGAGCCUGUCAGCACUUUUCUCUGAGAAGACCCCAAAAACCUGUGUGGAAGUGAGUAGUUAUUGGGUAAAGGCACCUUCUGAGGCUCUUGCAAAUCCCAAAUGCAGUUUGGUUAUCUGGUUUUGAUCCUCAGCCUGGAUUGUUUAUGUCUGUAGAUCACUAAAUGCUCUUGUUGCUCUGAUGUUGCGGCAGAGCUCAGCAGGGACUCUCCUCACACUCUCCUGGGAGAAUGUGUCCCCCUGGGUUGGUCUAUUACUCCAGGUAAAUCUCUGCUUGUGCCCACUGUUUGCACCUUCAGCUUUUCAUUAUGAUGAUGGCAGGGUUGGGCUGUUUUUGGGAUGGGAGGGAAUUAGGCCAUUGAGAAUUGCAAGCCUCCUCUUGCAGGUGAGUAAAGAUCUGCUGCAGGACUGUGGAGGUUCAGCUGGGUCCUGUUACCUCCCAGACCAGUGGGUACUGUAGCAUGGCCUAGGUCAGGAAAACAGGUCCUGGUGUGUCUGUCUGGGUGUGAGAGGAGCCAAAUGCUUUGAGUGUUGCUGAGAGUGGCCCCAGGAUUUGAAUUUUAAAUGCUCUUGGUUUGACAGCCCUUGGAGAAGGGACUGCAUGUGACACAGCUCUCUUUUCAUAGGCUGAGAAAUCCAUGGCAAUCCUUCUUUCCCCGAGGGAACAGCAGAGAAACUGGGAAAUGGAUGUGCCCCCCACUCAGGCACAGGAGGUCCAUGUUGCUGGAGUGAAGAUUUUCUAUGGCUCUCAGACUGGCACAGCAAAGAGAUUUGCCAAAGCUCUGGCUGAAGCUGUUACUUCUCUUAAUUUGCCUGUGGAGGUCAUUAACAUGGGAGAUUAUGAUCCAGAAGAUGGUUUUAUCUGAGGAGACAAGCAGCAGGAACAUCUGUGUGUUCCUGGUGGCCACCUACACUGAUGGGCAGCCCCCAGAGAGUGCAGCCUGGUUCUGCAAGUGGCUGGAAGAGGCAGCCAAUGAUUUCCGUGUUGGGAAAAGCUUCCUGCAGGGCCUGAGAUAUGCUGUGUUCGGUCUGGGGAACUCGGCCUAUGUGGAUCACUACAACACGGUUGGAAGGAGGAUGGACAGGUGGCUGUGGAUGCUCAGUGCCAGCAGGAUCAUGACUCGGGCUGAAGGGGACUGCAAUGUGGCCCAGAGCAAGCAUGGCAGCAUCGAGGCUGACUUUGAGGCCUGGAAAGCCAAAUUCCUCACUCAGCUACAGGCACUCUGCAAAGGGGAAAAGAAGCCCUGCAGUGGGAAGUGCAAGAAAGGGAAAUGCAAAUCUUUGGGGAAGCAGAGCAAGGAAAGCUCGGACCAUGAACACAGGACGUCGGAACAUGAGAAUACUGAGGCAGAGGAGUUGUUUGAAACCAGUAGUGAGGAGGAAGCUGGAGGCACAGAUUCUGUCAUCGAUGUUGAAGAUCUUGGCAAUAUCAUGGGCCACAUGAAGAAAGCAAAGAGAGAGCAGGAGCUGCAGGAAGGAGCUGCUGGAGCUGGGAGGAAGGAGGAGGCUGUGAGGAGAGAGAUGAUCACCCCAGCCCUGAGGGAGGCACUCACAAAACAAGGUUAUAAACUCAUUGGGAGUCAUUCUGGGGUGAAGCUCUGCCGAUGGACAAAGUCGAUGCUGCGGGGCCGCGGGGGCUGCUACAAGCACACCUUCUAUGGCAUUGAGAGCCACCGCUGCAUGGAGGCCACCCCCAGCCUGGCCUGUGCCAACAAGUGUGUCUUCUGCUGGAGACACCACACGAACCCCGUGGGCACCGAGUGGCGCUGGAAGAUGGACCAGCCCGAGGUGAUCCUGCAGGAGGCCAUCGAGAAGCACCAGAACAUGAUCAGGGAAUUCAAAGGUGUGUCAGGAGUGAAGGCAGCUCGCCUGGAGGAGGCCCUGGCAGUGAAGCACUGUGCCCUGUCCCUGGUGGGGGAGCCCAUCAUGUACCCGCACAUCAAUCGCUUUGUCAGGCUGCUGCACCAGCACGGCAUCUCCACCUUCCUGGUCACCAACGCUCAGUUCCCUGAGGAGAUCAGGAGGCUGGAGCCUGUGACCCAGCUCUAUGUCAGUGUGGAUGCCAGCACCAAGGAGAGUUUGAGGAGGAUUGACAGACCCCUCUUCAAGGACUUCUGGCAGAGGUUUCUAGACAGCUUAAAGGCCUUGGCUGAAAAGCAACAACGCACUGUUUAUAGGCUGACCCUGGUGAAAUCUUGGAAUGUGGAUGAACUCAAAGCCUAUGCUGACCUGAUCUCCAUUGGGAAACCAGACUUUAUUGAGGUCAAGGGUGUGACAUACUGUGGGGAGAGCUCUGCCAGCAGCCUGACCAUGGCCAAUGUGCCCUGGCACGGGGAGGUGGUGAGCUUUGUGCAGGAGCUGGCGCGGCUGCUCCCAGAAUACGGCAUCGCCUGCGAGCACGAGCACUCCAACUGCCUGCUGAUGGCCCACAGCAAGUUCCAUGUGGAUGGCGAGUGGAGGACCUGGAUUGACUACGGCCGUUUCCAGGAGCUGGUCAGGGAGCACGAGCAGAGCGGCGGCUCCAGGACCUUCACAGCAGCCGAGUACACGGCCAGGACUCCUCCCUGGGCCCUCUUUGGGGCCAGGGAACGGGGAUUCGACCCCUUGGAUGUGAGAUUCCAGCGGAAGAACAAGGCACGGGACGUGUCGGGGUGCUGAGGGCUGGGGCUCGCACCCUGGCCUUGCCAGGACUCCAUUUCAGCCUGAUGCCAGUUUUGGAUUCUACCACCUGGAGUAUCCUCAUGUUUGAGAAGGGGUCAAGCCUGGAUUUAACCCUUUCCUCCUGUUUUUUGGGCUUCCUAGAUGGAAAUAGUGGUAAAGUUCUUAUCUCUGAGAUAAAUCAGAACUGGUUCAGCAGCAGUGGGUGGGGGGCAGUGCUGGGGUCUGGGAUGUGGGGCCAGAGGGUUCCUUGGACUCCUGUGCAAGGAGAGCCUGACAACAAAAUGUUCACAUCCCUAAGGAAAAGUGCCAGGGGAUUUCAGCCCCACAAGGUUGGAUCAGGGCAGGUGGGGCCACAGCCAGACCUGGAUCCAAAACCUGAUCCCUGCUGGGAGCAUCAUUUUAGGGACCUUGUUCAGGUUCAGGUAUUUUAAACACUGGUGCCAUUUCCUAUAACAGCCCCAUUCCCAAGAAGCCAACACUUGGGAAUGGUGUAACAUCACCCCUGUGGAUACCAACUGCAACUUCUGAUACCUCUCCAAGUGUCUUCCAGCCUCAUGGCUUUGAGAAUCAGGUUUAGAGCAGUGUUAGCCCACUCCCAGCAGCCCUAAACAACAGGUGCAGUCCUUCAGAGCCCUGUCAGGCUCCAGAUGGGUGUGCCCAGUGUCCAGCUGGGUGUGCCCUGUGCUGUAGAUGGAGCACCCCUGGUGUGGGGAUUCCAUUUCUUUUAUAAAGCAACCUCUUUUCUUAAGUGAUACAAAGAGUUUCUAAAGCAGAAGGAAAAUAAAGGAGUUUUGACAAGA